CAAUGACUAAAAAAGUAUUAAAAAGUGGGCAUUUGAAAUGUUAAAAUCUCUUUAACAAGGACAGAGUUAGCGAAUAGUAUUGAGUUAAGAGAGCAAAAGUAAGAGAGCAACUUGGGGACUUGGGGUAGAGGUAACAGUGGUUUGACAGCCCACCGCCACCACUCUUUAAACCUGUGUCCAGGUCGUCCAGGUGUAUAUCGGCUUAUAUAUAUUUUACCUUAAAAGUAAUCUUGGUAUACUCUAGCCUUUGGAUCUACAGCUAACAGCUCUACAGUAAUUCAGUGAUCAAACUGAUCUACAGUCUAGACCUUACGUAUUCUUCUACGCUAAUAUUUUAUCUCCAUUUCAUAUUUAUUUAAAUAAUAUAGACAUAUAUACAUACAUUUAUGAUAAUAAUUAUCGGCACUGCCCGCUGUUUAAAUAACUCCGAUAAUUUAUUGAGUGUUUGAUUGUUCAAAUUAUUGAAAUGUUAUUUUUUUGGAUACUGUGAUAUUUAUAUAUAUAUAUAUAUAUAUAUUUAUAUUUAUAAUUGUUAUUAAAAUUUUGAAUAUAAAUAAUGGCCUUUUUAUGCCCGGUGAGAAUGCGCCGUGGGAAGAAAAAGAAACCGGGCGCACAUAAUUUUAAUUUGGAAAAAGACGGUCUGGGAUCAAAUGUUGGUUUAGGAUCAAAUCGUGUUUCAUUACCGCCAGGACGGAUAACAGGUAGUGCAAGUAUUGAAACACUUGUAAGAGUUGGUAUUGAAAAAGAAAAUGGUCUUUCACCGGACAGUAAAAUGGUUAUUAUACACGACUUUACACCCUGUGUUGAUGAUGAAUUGCAAGUUAAACGUGGACAGGUAGUUAAUAUAUUGUACAGAGAAAAUGACUGGGUGUAUGUAAUAGCCGCCGACACACGUAUGGAAGGAUUCGUACCACACUCAUACUGUGCACCUUACACAUCACAACUUGCCGAGCAAACACUGGCAAGUUUGAUGAAUAACGUUAAAAAAAAAUUACCACGUUCAAAUGACGGUGAUAAUGACAACAUAACAUCCGCUACGUCAACAGCUACUGGAACAACAUUAAAUAAUAAUAAUAAUAAUAGUAAUAGUAAUAGUAAUAAUAAUAGUAAUAGUAAUAACAAUAAUAAUACAGCCCGUUCACAAAUAUUAGACUCACAACAUACAGAUACCGGCUCGGCAUCUGAUUGUGAGAGCUACGCUAGAAAUAUAACAACCGCUGAUAUUAAUAUCAAUCGUAACAUUGCCCAAUCACAGAAUUCGAUACAAACAAUCUUGUCGCAGCCUGAUGUUCAUCCAUUUUUCAAGGAUCCAUCAGCAGGAAGAUAUAUUGUCUUGUAUACAUUCGUCGCACGAGACGAAAACGACGUGAGCGUCGAACGGGGGGAGUUUGUAACAGUUCUGAACCGUGAUGAUCCUGACUGGUUUUGGGUACUACGUCACUGUGACGGAAACGAAGGAUUUGUACCAUCGGGAUUCGUUUAUCCUGGUCAUGUAUUACAUUCUUAUCAAACAACCGCCAAUACAACCACGACAACCACAUCCCCGGUGACGACUACAGCCGAUCAUAAUUUAGGAAUAAGAAAUACUACAGCUCAAAAUGAUCAACUGCAACCGCAGCAACAAAAAGAUCUUAGAGAUCUGCGUGACGAAACAACAGGAACAGAAUUGGUGGUAUUGUACGAUUACAAGGCGCAGGCGCCUGAUGAUUUAUCAGUACGAAGAGCAGAUUGGAUUUAUGCUGAUCUUGGUAAUCAAACCGUGGACGGUUGGCUCUGGGCAUACGCGCCCAAGACACGCAAGUACGGAUUUAUUCCCAAGGCCUACGCGCGUCCUCCUGCGAUGACUAGCUUGUAAUUUUAUUAUUAUUAUUAUUAUUACAUAAUUUGCCAUCGUUUUUUUAUACAUAUAUUUUUUAUUAAACUAUAUCAAUUAUAUUAAAUAAAAUAAAAUACGUACUUUAUUUUAC